AUGGUAAGUGAUCGGGUUAACAAGAAGUGGGGUGUUGAUUAUGUCGCUGAUGACGAAAUUAUCGAAAAAGCUGAUAUUUACGGCGUAGAAGCCGAUGAACCAAACGCUGUAAUGUUCGGAGAUAAUUUAAUCCCGAAAAGCCGAAUUGAUGACGCCUUGAAGUAUUAUGGCUCAAAAAAAGGGACCAACAAAAAUGGAAGCAAAAUUCGCCCACCUUUGAGCACAAUGGGAGCAUUAUUCCGGUUCAUAAAGAGCGAAAACCAUCUUGAGAAGCUUCGACAAAUUGAGAAAAACGGAUUCAUGCUAGAAGAUAGGCGCAACAACCUCAAAAUCAUAUCUGUUGAACUUGGAGAUGUUGUGAAACACCACAUGGCGCAAGGACGCAUGAUCCACGAUAAUACGCUCCGAUUUUUCGUCGCUGAUAUAAUGAAGAAGCAUUGCAUGACCAUGGAAUUCUCCGCCUCGAAAUCUUGGCUUAACAAAUGGAAACGCGGAUUUGGUAUCUCAUCCAGAAAAGUGACGAAGUUUGUUGCCAAAGUUCGCCAUCGGGAUCGCGAUGAACUUGAGAAGACGGGCAAGAAUUCUAGCGCAGUCAUCCACGGUAACGCAACAAUUGGAAUGAAAAGAAGAAGGCCAACGUUUGAAGAAAAUGAGACAAUGCUGAGAAAUCUUGGCAUACGUGUCACAAGACCAGCGUUCUUCAUGGAUAUGAAGGAAGAAUUUUGCAAUGAAAACAAUCAUAAUUUCGAAAAGUCGCUGCUAAUUCAGCCGCCGUUUAUGAAAGACGAUUCGAAUUGUUCACUGCCAGACUCGGUCAACUACUCAAUGAAUGAUAUGGGGUUCAACACUCAGAAUGAUGAGAUAUCGCAACGAUAUGACGCCAUUGCAAAGGUUAAUCAAUUGCUCAAUCCAUUUUGUUUAUCGAAGUCGUGCAUUGAAGCCGUGCUGCUAGCGGCACAUUUUAUUUAAGGAGUUGGAAGAAAAUCAAAAGAAAAGGUCGAUUCUGUUAUUCUUGCAGCCUUAAUAACAGGACCAAACAGCUUAAAUCACACGAAUUGUGAUAUUAUCAUGAGCAGGCUAAUAAAUGAACUUGAUGAGAUUCGAUUUGAACCCAUUCGUAUUGACAAUAAUAAUGAAAUCUACUACAUCGAUUUUCAACCAGCUAAAAUGUAUUGCGAUUUGAAAGCUGCUCGUUUGAUGUAUACACUUCCGAAUUGGCAGAAGCUCGAAGGAUGUGCAUUAUGCACAAUUACAGAAUCGAUUUUCAACGCAAAGCUACCACCGGGAAUUAAUUGUGAGAUGGCAGAUAUCCGAAAACUCUCUUCAGCCACAGGAGCUCAGAUUAGACAGACAUCAAGGAUUCUCUUCAAUAUAUUGUCGCUGUUACCCGUUUACACCGUCGACACCCGCAUUUUCUUUUCUGCAUUUAUCAAUUACGUCGAACUCUGUUUGGAGGCCAAAACGGAGAUUGACUUACAAAAUAUGGAUGAUCUCAGCUCUUUCCUUAAAACAGCAAUGGGAACUCUAAAUAAGGAGAAAUAUACGCUUAAAAUGCAUGUAGGUUACAUUCAUACCGGAAGGUCUCGAGUGGUAUUUCAUCAAGAUCUCUUAUCCUCAAACAGCUGGAGAAAUAACAACAAGAGCACUGUAAUUUGCUACGAAUCGGAAUUCGGAAUCGAAUAUGGAACAUUAGAAGCUGUAGCACAAACAUCAGAUCGAAUCAUGCUACUCGUACUGGAAUAUGAGACGAUAAAUGUGGCUGAGAACCUGUACAAUGAUGCUGUGAAUUCGAACUCUAGAAAUGAGGAUGUUGCUCUGCUAUUGAAAAACGAAUCUUCGUGAAUGAUACCAUCUACUCAGGAGUUUGACUACCCAGAAGAGUAUCUGUAUGACGAGUCGAUUGACCAACCACAAAGAUCUAACGUCUCGCAAACGCCGCAACGAUCACAUCAUACAGCGGCUCAUCCUUACUCACCAAUGAUACGAGCAACCAAUCCAGUUCAACGAUAUCGGGCGCACAAUCAGUCUGUUCCAGAAAGGCAGCCACAACAAAACCAUCAGAUGGUCGGCCGUCAACCCGCACAAGCUCAUUCAUUUGGUCAACUGGACAGUCGCCCGCCUGCACAAGCUCAUUCAUUCGGUCAGCUGGUCGACCGUCAACCCGCGCAAGCUCAUUCAUUUAGUCAACUGGUCAGUCGCCCGCCCGCACAAGCUUAUUCAUUUGGGAGCAUCCAAUUGAGUAAAGCGGAAUAUGACUACUGUCGAACUAUCGACACUAACAAAUCUUGUUUCGCCAACAUCCGGCACGCGUUCAACCGAAAUGAGUUUGAUCACGGAAUCGCGGGAUGCGUUCUUCACGUUUAUUUAACCCAGAAAAUGCUCAGCAAAGCAGCUUACGACGUAGGUUCUAUGAUAUAUUGA